UCCAGCGGGGCAGUGCCUGCUUGAGCGGUCGCCCUCUCGGGGGAGGGCUUUGGCCCGCAAAGAGUGAGCGAGUGGCGAACGAAAGCACAAGUCGAGGUGGCUUAAAUAGCGGCAUCGCCAACGGGCAAACACCACAGGCGGCGUUCACGGCAGAGGGCGAAGCGCGAGAAGGUGAAAUGGACCAAGACGUUUUUCCUCCCAAGAUCAGCUCGCUGCUGAUGACCGCAGAGCCGCACUACAUCCCCGGGUACCGCGGCUACUGCCCCCAGUACAAGUACAACGUGGGCAGCACGUACGGGCAACAGACGGGCCAGCUGCUGCGCGACCCUGCCGUGGCUCACUCGGACAAGCUGGUGCUGCAGAGUGGGCGGCCGGUCCAACCGCGACCCCCACCGGGAUCCCCUGGUCACCAGCGCAUGUCGCAGAGACGCCCCGUGUCCGACGCUCAGAAACUGACAGCCAGCAUGGUGCCCGGAUACACGGGGUUCAUCCCACGAGCCGAGUGCUUCUUCUCGCACACGUACGCGGAUACGUGUCGCGAUGCGCUCCGUCUCUUCGAGAAGGAGCAGCGAGUGGCGACCAAGCGGCGCCUGCAGACAACGUCCCUCGACGGGGAGACCAGGUUCCGGGCUCGAACCUAUGGCUCAGCGGGUGGCGGGGGUGGUGGUGGGAUCGAUGGUGGGUUCCACUCCAGGGGCAGUGUCGCUGAACGCAGAGGAGGCGAUUCGCCGAGCGAGCACGUCACUUUCAAGAUGCCGAGCCGUCCGCUGACGUGCCUGGCCAAGGAAGUGCCCCUGUACCGCUCGUCUCCCGCCCUCCGAGUCCUCAACUCCCCGUACAACAUGGGCAGUGACGACCCCUACAAGUGGUUCAUGUCUGGAUACACGGGCUACGUACCACGCGAGCGCUUCCUGAUCGGGGCCGGGUACCCGGUCACGACGAACCGCGCGCUCCGAGAGUUUAGCUCCAAGCUGGACAGGACCAGCGCGUGGAGGGGCGGCACGAUGGCGCCGCUGUCCCCCUGGAAGCCCGAUCUCCUGGACGGGAUGCGCCCGCACACCCACCACGAAGGCAAGGCGGUGGCGACCUUGACGGCGCUGCCUGGGCACCUCCCCGACAUCGUGCAGCACAAGGGAGCGCAGCCACCCAGCAGGAAUGUCAUCUAUGCCCCGGACAUGGGCCUCAUCCCCAACUACACGGGCUACGUCCCAGGAUACAAGUUCCAGUAUGGACACACGUACGGCCAACUGACUGAGGACGCACUCGGGAUGAGCACCAUGCAGAAGGAGAUCCUUGCCAACUGAAUCAAAGCAAGGGCACCGCGGGCCUAGACAGCCACCAUUUUAACCAAUAGUAUUGUUGCGCAUGUGUGUGGCUUAAAAUGCAAUCAAAAUGUUUCAGGGUUAGAUUAUAAUAGCAUUUGAUAUUGCAUUUACUGCUGAUGUUAGUCAGGGUUGUUUUUUUUAAUCUACGCUCACGCUGAAGAGAUUUUGUUCUGAUCUAAGACUAAGCCUGUACUUGUGAAAGAUUUAGGUUCCGGAUGCAAAGAUUUGAUCCACACACGCAAACCUCAACUCAUGCACGACCAAAUGCAAUUGUUAACAAUACAUAGUUUCCUACAUUUGCUAGGUCACAUUUUAAUUACAAAUUCAAACAUGCACUUGGAAGAAAAACAGCAAUACAAAACAACCGUCUUAAUAUCAAGACAAAGUGCCGUUUGCUUUUUUUUUUGCAAAACAUAUAAUAUGCUUCCUUUUACGGAAGUCCUGCAAAUAAAACUUAAAUGUUGGG